AUGAGGAGCUUAUUGUUGUGGAUUGCGGUGGCUGUGUGCUCGCUAUGUUCAGUCGCGGCGGUGGUUCGGAGCGGAUCUAGCGAUGGAUUUAGGGAACCAAGAGAUACUGAGACGGCGAUAUCGCUACAGGAGAAUGAAUUGACGGCGACGUCGGCGUCUGAGCUUAACAUGGUGCCUCUCACCUUGAUUAAGGGAGCUGACUCCAAAGGAGCUGGUACACUCUCUCCCCAUCUCUUUCGCUGA